AUGAGCAAGCCAAUCCUCACUUCGAUAACAUUCCGACCCCAGGCCAUCCUGACUUCCACACACAUCCUUACGAGCCCACGGCAGCCGACCCUCAACUUCACCACAGUCAACAAUCUCUCGGUUCCGACCAAGCAUAUGCGGCCGAGCAAUCAAUAUGCAAAUGGAUCUCCGCCGCCGAACUGGAUGCACCAGCCGACUCAUUAUUCGCCCACCCCUGAAGAUAUCGAACCACCGGUCGCUCCGACAGCGCGGAGGAACAGGAACAGGAAGAAGGGAUUCUUCCAGAAGAAGAUCCCGUGGGUAACAUAUGCGUUUACCUUGGUCCAAAUCAUUGUGUUCAUCGUGGAAUUGGUGAAGAAUGCUCAAUUUACAGGCUCUCCUAUCGAGACGAAACCAUCCUUCAACGUGAUGAUCGGGCCAUCCUCGUACAUGCAAAUCUACAUGGGAUCGCGGUACACACCAUGCAUGAAGAACGUGCCUGGCAUUCAGAACGCCAACGAAACAAUCCUAUUCUCUUGCCCGAAUGCCACCACGUCGGCGACCGAGUGCACACUGUCCGAAGCGUGCGGUUUCAGCGGUGUACCGAACCCUCAUCCACACGGAUCGCUUGACGACAAACCGGCGCCCAAUCAAUGGUUCCGGUUUAUUAUCCCCAUGUUCAUCCACACCGGAUUCAUCCAUAUCGGUUUCAACUUGAUCGUGCAAUUGACCAUGGGAGUUGACAUGGAGCGGAUGAUCGGCUGGUGGAGAUAUUUCCUGGUUUAUGUGGCCAGUGGAAUCUGGGGCUUUGUUUUGGGCGGCAACUAUGCCGGGCAGGGCGAGGCGUCGUGUGGCUGCUCUGGUGCUCUGUUCGGUAUCCUCGCUCUUUUCAUCUUGGACCUCCUUUAUACAUGGAAGGACCGCGCUUCUCCUUGGGUGGAGUUGAUCAUUAUGAUCCUGGGUAUUGCGGUGUCUUUCGUGUUGGGGCUUUUGCCAGGAUUGGAUAACUUUGCUCACAUAGGAGGCUUCAUCAUGGGACUGGCUCUGGGCUUGUGUCUUCUUCGGUCGCCUAACGCGUUGCGCGAGAGGAUUGGCCUGGCGCGGAACCCGUAUGUUGCCAUGAGCGGCGGAGCAGGCACUCCCACGCCCGAUGACAGCCAGAAGGUGAAUACUGGGCCCAGCCUGGUUGAUUUCCUCAAGGGACGUCGGACUCGCACCGGAGCAGGCGCCAGCAACAACAAGUGGAACCCAGUGAACUUCUUCCGGGGUCGGAAGCCACUGUGGUGGGCAUGGUGGUUGGUUCGCGCGGGUGCCUUGGUCGCGGUGCUCGUGGGCUUUAUCCUUCUGAUUGUCGAUUUCUACAAGUACCCCAAGUCCAACUGUUCCUGGUGCUACCGGUUGAGUUGUCUGGUAAGCGCAUGUGAUCGGCAAACCGUGGCUGUGCGGUACGGUACAUGUAACCCUAACGACAUGGGCUGUCUGGGUCGAGGCCAGUGUCGGCUUCAAGCCACCUACGAACUAGGUAUCCCAAGCUCCUUCCUCGGAAUCAUCCUCUACAUCUGUCUCAACGCAUGCUACACGGUCGCCGUCUUCACCGAUCCCGGAUCCCCCCUCACUCCCAGCGGCCGCGGUCGACAUGAAUACAGUGCACUUCCAGUGACCGAAUUACCACAAUAUACCGCCUACACCGUCAGUUCGACCGGUGGAUCCCGAUUCUGCAAGAAAUGCCAGUGCCCCAAACCGGACCGCGCGCACCACUGCUCGACAUGCAAGCGCUGCGUGCUGAAGAUGGAUCACCACUGUCCAUGGCUGGCGACAUGUGUCGGACUGUAUAACUACAAAGCAUUCCUGCUGUUCUUGAUAUAUACCUCGAUCUUCUGCUGGGUGGAUUUCAUCGUCGCGGCGCUGUGGAUAUGGACGGAAAUGCUGGACGACAGUAAAUAUAUCGAUGUGGAUAAGAUGCUGCCGAUCAACGUGGUGUUGCUGGCCGUGCUGGGUGGUAUUAUUGGUCUGGUGCUGUCAGGGUUUACCGUCUGGCAUAUCAGCCUGGCGUUGCGGGGAAUCACGACGAUUGAGUGUCUGGAGAAGACCCGGUAUGUGUCUCCGUUGCGGAAAGCGCUGGAUCGCCACCGCUACGAGAAUGUGCUGGGCAGUGAAGGGGGCGAUCGAGAAGGCUUCGGUCACCGGCUGCAGGACUACGGGGGACAGAUCCUCGACGCCCACGCGAAUGCGAUCCCGGGCGUGACGCGGGCCGAAGAGGGCGAGGAACCGACUCCUCCGCCCAGUGUAUCACCGUCCGGGAUGCGGAUGUCACCCGCACAGCAGGCAUUGUCGCGAUCAUACGCCGAGAUGGAGCGCCAGCGUGAGCACGACCGGUAUCAAAAUUAUCUGGACGAGGAGGACAGCGAGAAAAUGCCAUUCGCAUUCGACCUGGGAUGGCGACGCAAUCUGCGGCACUUGUUCGGUGACCGCCCGCUGCUGUGGCCAGUGCCGGUGUGUACGACGACAGGCGAUGGCUGGCACUGGGAGCCGAGCGCCAAGUUCAUGGAGGCGCGCGAUCGCGUGCGGCAGCGACGGGAGCGGGAGGCGGCGGAGCAACAGCAAUACCAGCGGGACUUGUACCAGCGGAACAUGAACAACAGCCACGCAUGGGGUGCAUCUGCAGCAGCCAACUGGACGCCGAACCAACCACUGGAUGUGGUGCGCGACCCGGAGCGGCCGAAUACAGGGGUGUCGAUGAAGACAUUGGCGCCGAUGUCACCUCGGCUGCGGGGGCAAGACAGCGAGGGAGAGAUGAGCGAAGAGGAGAUGCACGGACGAGAGGAUGAAUGGCGGAGCUGGGAUUGA